UAUAUUUUUUUAAUCUCAGGGGUUUGUAAAACCUGAAACAAAGCUUGUGAUUUUACACAGUUUUAUCACUUUUUAUUUGAUAUUGCUUUUAUUUUUUCCCCUUCAUUUAUAAUGGAGUUGAAAUGAUUUCUGAUUUAUGAACAGGCCCCAUUCAUCUCUGGAAAGUGUUUGCUUAGUGAUCUGCUGCUUCAGAGCCAGCAGAGGGAGCACAAACAUUGUUUAUUAUUGAUCAUGCAUGCUUGCUAUUACAAUUAUUACUAUUAUUGAUCAUGCAUCAUCUGAAGAAGUGGGUUGUGCCCAUGGAACCUCAUGAUAUUAUCUAUAUUUUCAUUCGUCUCUAAGAUGCUACACAGGACCACUGAUUUUUUAAGGUUUUUGUAUUGAUCAUGCAGUAGCCUUUACUGGGUUUCCUUGUUUCUCAGGCUCUGUCUACACUAUAAGGUUAUUUCAAACUAAGCUAUUUUGAAAUAAUAACUUCCAAAAUAACCAUUUUGGAAUAACACAUCCACACCGCAAAUCCCAUUGAAAUGGCACAGAUCUAUAUCAGAAUAGAGCAUUCACACUUAUUGGAGGCUGAAUCGCAUUUAAAGCCCCCUGGAAGCACUCCAGGAAGGGCAUCAGGACAGCAGUCACUUCCUGUAGCUGGUGGCUAAGGCUAUCUUAGGCUUGUGUUUAAAGGGAUUCCCUUCUACAGCUGUGUCUCAGACCCUUCUCCAUUGCCUACCUUCUUUGGGGACAGCAAACUCACACUACGUGCUCUGUUUGACCUUGCAGAUGCCACAACAGUCCUACCAUGGAGCUGGACCUGCUGCAAAGCAGUGACAGACUUUUGGACUUCCUGCUACACCUCCUGGUACAGUUAAUGCAGGCUGCCUUUGUGGCACUGCAGGACCAAGACGGGCAGCUGAGACUGGGGCACCUCCUCACCCCAGCCCAGGCGCUCCUCAUACUCCAUAGUCCCCUCCCUCUUCCCCAGCACAGCAUGUACCACCACUUCUGGUGCCAGCACACCAGUUCCGACUGGUGGGACUGCGUUGUCAUGGAGCGGUGGGAUGACCAGCAGUGGCUCUAGAACUUCCGCAUGCAGAAGGACAUAUUCCUGGAGCUCUGUGAGUGGUUUGGCCCUGCUUUGCAGUGAUGGGACACCCUCAUGCAACUUGCCAUCUCCCUCCAGAAGUGCGUCGCCAUCACAUUUUGAAAGCUCACCAUGCUGGAAAGCUACCGCUCUGUGGGGCACCAGUUUGCCAUCGGGAGAUCAACUAUCAGGGGUGUGCGCAUGCAGGUGAUAAGCACUAUCAAUGCCAUCCAGCUGUGCAGGGUCAUCACCCUGGGUGACGUCAACUCCCUCAUCACUGACUUUGCCACCAUGGGCUUCCCCAACUGUGGGGGAGCCAUUGACGGCAUCCACAUUCCCAUCUGGGCCCCCAGCCACGGGGCCUUCAGCUACACCAGUAGGAAGGGGUACUUUUCAAUGGUCCUGCAGACCCUCAUGGACCAUUUGGGCCACUUCAUGGACAUUGACGUCAGGUGGUUGGGGAAGGAGCUCUAUGCCUGCAUAGUCCGGAACUCCAGCCUGUUCCAGAAGAUGCAUACUGACACUUUUUUCCCUGACCACACCAUAAGGGUCAAGAAUGUGGACAUGCCCAUCUGCAUCAUGGGUGAUGCAGCCUCCCCCUUGCUCCCUUGGCUUAUGAAGCCCCACACAGAACACCUGGACUCCAUGAAAGACUGCUGGAACUGCAGGCGCAGCAGGUGCCACGUUGUUGUGGAGGGUGCUUUUUUACUGCUUCAAAGCGAGAGUCCAAUGUCUCCUCACACACUUGGACCUUGGCAACUGAACCAUCCCCCAGGUGGUGGUGACCUGCUGUGUUCUCCACAAUCUGUGCAAGAACAAGGGGGAGACUUUCAUGACAAGGUUGGGGGCAGAGGCAGAGCAGCUCACCAGUGCUUUUGAGCAGCUGGGCACCACUGCCAUUCAGCAAGCCCAUCAGGACUGUGCGCAUCCGGGAGACCUUGAGGGAGAGUUUCAGCUGAGGCCACCUGUGAGACACUCCCCUGGGACUCCCCACGAGGUCGUCUGUGCCAUCAAUGACAUCCUGCUCCAGAGAGACAUCUGCCUGCGCGACAUGGAGGCUACGGUGGCUGGCUUCACUGCCCUCGGGUUCCCCAACUGUGGGGGAGCCCUGGAUGCAACCCACAUCCCCGUCCAUGCCCCGGAGCAUCGAGUGGCCCAUUUUAUAAACAGAAAGGGGUAUUUCUCAAUUGUACUCCAGGCCCUCAUGGACCACCGUGGCCGCUUCCUGGACAUUUAUGUGGGCUGGUCCGUCAGGGCAUAUGAUGCCUGCAUCCUACGCAACUCUAGCCUGAUUGGCAAGCUGGAGGCAGGCACUUACUUCCCCCAGCGGGAAUUUACUGUCGGGGACGUGCCCAUGUCCACAUGUGUUGUGGGGGACCUGGCCUACCCCCUGCUGCCCUGGCUAAUGCGGCCCUACACGGGGUGGCUGGACCACAACCGGGCCCAGUUCAACGACCGCCUCAACCGGGCCCACAAUCAAGUGGAGUGCACCUUCAGGCAUCUGAAAGCCCGGUUCUAUUGUUUGCUCACCCGUCUGGAGAUGAGUGAGCGGAAUGUCCCAGAGGUAAUGGCCACGUGCUGCGUGCUCCACAAUCUCGUGGAGUGGAGCGGGGAGGCCUUCCUCCCGGCAUGGAUGGCAGGCGAGGGCCAGGCCUUCGAACAGCCCCGCACAGCUGCCAUCCACCAGGCGCACCAUGAUGGGGUGCACAUCCGGGAGGCCCUGAUGGAGAUGUUCUCCCAGGCCCCAUAGUAGGGUCGCCUCUGUCUCCCUUUGCAUCUCCCUCCUAUCCCCAACCCUU